UUUCGUUGCUUUUAAAAUUGUUAUACUAUCUCUCGGGUGGUUGGCAACGCUAAGCAACUGUCAGUUUUUCGCGGAACGUGUCUUGUUUUUUUUUCAGCCAUUCUCGUGCAUUUGUGCAAAUUGUGAAAUAUUUUCGUUUAUACUAGUAAGUUACUAGUAAAAUAAAUUCGGUUUAAGUUAAUAGCAAAACAUUUGAAAAAAAUUCAAUAAAAUCAAAAUGUCAACUUAUACUUGCAUAAAUUGCUGUGUAAAAUUCGCCUCAGCGGAUUUACAACGAGAUCAUUAUAAAACCGAUUGGCAUCGGUACAAUCUGAAACGUCGCGUAGCUGAGCUUCCACCUGUCAGCGCAGAAGCAUUUCAGGAUCGUGUACUCCGUCUGCGUCAGGAGAAGGCUACAGAGGAGGAGGAAAGCCAAAUGUGUUUCUACUGCAAUGCCUGUCGCAAGCAAUUUGGCAAUCAAAAAGCACACGAUAAUCAUUUAAACAGCAAAAAACACAAGGAUAAUUUAUUGCGUUUUGAAAAAGAACAUAAAGGGGGAGAAUUGGAGGUAACGAAAAAAAGUGUAGUCCCGCAAAAACCACAUCCUGCUCUAGCUGCUACAGCACAAGGCAAAGGAAGAUUUGCAUUGGAGAAACAAUUACAAAGAGAGCAAGAGGAAGAUGAAUAUGAAGAUAUGGAAGACGAUGGGGAAUAUGAAGUUGUCGAGGGUGAGGAGUGUGAACAGAUUGAUUCUGAUGAAUGGGAAAAGCUGCCCGAAAAUCCACUUAGCGAAAAAGAUUGUCUCUUCUGUACGCAUACCAGCGAAGAUAUGGUUGAAAACUUAAAGCAUAUGUCCACUGCACAUUCCUUUUUCAUACCAGACACAGAAUUUUGUACCGACUUGGAAGGGCUACUGAACUAUUUGGGCGAAAAAGUGGCAAAUUACUUUAUAUGCUUGUGGUGCAAUGAUCGUGGUAAGACAUUCUACUCACUGGAUGCGGUGCGAAAACACAUGGUAGACAAAGGUCACUGUCAAAUGUUACACGAGGGUCUAGCAUUAGCUGAAUAUGCAGAUUACUAUGAUUACAGUUCCAGUUAUCCGGAUCAUGCAGAAGGCAUGGAUGUCGAUGAGGAAGUUGUGCCCGAUCUACUUGAUGGUGAUGAAUAUCAGUUAGUCCUACCUUCUGGUGCUGUAAUUGGCCAUCGUUCGCUCCUGCGCUAUUAUAAACAACGCCUUAAUCCGAGCCGAGCGCUUGUGCCCAAAAAGUCAGAUCGUCGCCUGCAUAAGGUGCUCAGCGAAUAUCGUGCAUUGGGUUGGAGCAAUAUGCAACAGCAAGCAGCCGCUAGAAAAGCGCGCGAUUUGCAUCUAAUGAAACGAGUGCAGGCUAAGUGGCAAAUGAAACUUGGUUGCCGUGCGAACAAAUUGCAGACGCAUUAUCGCGCGCAAGUUAUGUUCUAAA